UCAAACUCAAUAAUCUUUCUCUUUCCCUCCUUUUUUUCAUUCAAUAUAUAGCCUAUUUUAGUAUUUGAUUUCUCUUUGAGACAUCAGAAACAAAAAAAGACACCCUUUUGAAGCUUAUUCCCUCUCUUUCCGACAUGGGUUUCUCCAAGAAGAAUCAAUUGGUUGAAGGAAUUGAAUCGGAAGGCAAGAAGAAAUGGUUAAUAGCUGGAAUCUCACUUGAAGCUCCUUUGAGAUCCAUAACCACCAAAUCGAAAUCCAGAGACGAAAACGACUCUAGAUCGACAACCCCGACAGCUAAAGAAGCCAGGAUACCGGAAAAGUUGCCUUGCCCGCCUGCUCCUAGGAAGCGCCGCCCAUCGCCGACACCCACCUGUCAUUAUAACGGUGCAAGAGAGUUCUUUACUCCACCUGAUUUAGAGACGGUCUUUAUCCGCCAUAUAGAGAGAGCAAAUUGAGUUGAAUUUUUUCAUUUUUUUACAUAUCCAGUCUUAUUUAUCAAUUGUUGUAGGGUUUUUAAGCAGAUGUAGUCUUGUAGAAGAAAAAGUAGAUCAUCUUCAUGGUAGGUUUGGACUAUGUAUGUAUAAAUGAUAUGGGUAGUCUAUUUUCUUUAUUUUAGUUGAUCUCUUAAUCCUAAUAAUCCUCUUUAAAGCAA